AAAUCAACAACUUCUGAUUUGCUUUUACUCACAGCCCCAGUCAGACUUGCUAGAACUGAUUCAGGUUAUGAUUGUGGUGUUUGGUGAGGAACCUCCGGUCUUCUCUCGACCUACCGUUUCAGCAGCCUACCCACCCUACCAGGCAACAGGCCCACCAACUACUUCCUACAUGCCGGGCAUGCCAGGUGGAAUCUCUUCCUAUCCACCAGGACACGCUCCUAACCCAAGCUAUCCAGGCUAUCCUUAUGCAGCUGGUGUUCAAUUUCCAGCCACAACUAGUGUUCAGCACUACCCUUCUCAGCCUCCUGUGACUACUGUUGGGCCCAGUAGAGAUGGAACCAUCAGUGAGGAUACCAUUCGAGCUUCCCUUAUUUCAGCAGUCAGUGACAAAUUGAGAUGGCGAAUGAAAGAAGAAAUGGAUCGUGCACAAGCCGAACUCAAUGCCUUGAAACGGACAGAAGAGGACUUGAAGAAAGGACACCAGAAACUGGAAGAGAUGGUAACGCGCCUCGAUCAGGAAGUGGCUGAAGUCGACAAGAACAUUGAACUUCUCAAGAAGAAGGAUGAAGAGCUCAGUUCUGCCUUAGAAAAAAUGGAAAGUCAGUCAGAAAAUAAUGACAUAGAUGAAGUUAUUAUUCCUACGGCACCACUUUACAAGCAGAUCCUGAACUUGUAUGCAGAGGAAAAUGCCAUUGAAGACACCAUCUUUUACCUGGGGGAAGCAUUGAGACGGGGAGUGAUAGAUCUAGAUGUCUUUUUAAAGCAUGUACGUCUUCUGUCUCGCAAGCAGUUCCAGCUGAGGGCAUUAAUGCAGAAAGCAAGGAAGACUGCUGGCCUCAGCGAUCUCUACUAAAUUUUCAGACUUUAACCGGAGAGUUAGAUUUCCUUAUGAAGCAGCCAGUCUCUUGAUCUUUCUCUUAAUCAGUAGAUGCCCAGAAUAAGUUAUUACAUCAUUCAAGUGUAAGAUAUUUUGAAUCAAUAAUAUAUUUUCUUUUUGGUAAAGACUAGCUUUUAUUAAUGCACUUUCUAUUUCCUGUAAUCUUUGUGCUGGUGGACUUAACGCUGAAUAAAACUUGUUGCAUAUUUUCUUCCUCUA